AUGACGAACACGACCGCCCUCACCAAGGGAACGAGCUACCUCAGCUCAGGAAAUAUAUUACAUUUUUGGAAGCAGAAAAUGUUGCUGCAGGACAAGACUUCAAAGAUCGAGAAGCUGCAACAACUCCUACACAGUCGAGUGAAAGGCAACGCGUGCCUGUCAGAGCAAUCAGAGGGGCCGUUCCCGCAGCACGACUGGAGCGCCCGGGAGGCGGAGGCUGCCACCGUGUCAGAUGACGUUGUGAAGCAGGAGCUUACACUCAGCAACGUCCCGGCACCCCUCGCCAACCUCGGCCUGAAGUACCUUGAACACGACGCGCUCCGUGCACGGUUCAAGUCGUACGAUGUCAAUGGCGAUGGACGGAUCGACACCACAGAGGCGAGGCACGCGAGGCAGAUGCUGGUCGACGCGGGGGUGUGCGAGUCAGGCGAUGCCGACUGCGACAAGUUCCUUGCUCGCUCCGCGGCGGCCGUUGUGGCCGAGAUGGACAGCGACGGCGACGGCGAGGUGACGUGGGACGAGUUCAAGGCCGCGGUAGACCGGGACGCCGAGCCGGUGGACGCGAGGGUGCGGCCGAUCGCCGCCUCGUUGAUGCUCUACUAUGUGGGCUCGGGAAUCAAUAUCCCGGUGCUGCCCGUCUUCAUGCGCUCCCUCGGUCUCGACGCGGGGCACAUCGGGAUGGUGCAGUCGACGCAGUCACUGGUGAAGCUGCUGGCUAACGUGCCCGCCGCGUCGCUGGUCGAGCGAGUGGGGCGCCGGCCGCUACUCGUCGGCGGUGCGGCGCUCGAGGCCGUGGCGAUGGCGGGGAUGGGGCUAAGCACGAGCGCGGAGCAGAUGGUGGCGUGCACCGCCCUUGCGGGGGUGGGUGGGACCGCCCUCGUCACUGGCUCAACCAACUACCUCUCCGACAUCUCAACGCCCAAAAACCGAGCAAACACAAACGCGCCGCUGCAGAUGACGGCGCUGGCGGGCGUGUCGCUCGGCCCGGCGGUGGGUGGGUACAUGGCUGACGCCUUCGACGUCCAGACGCCCUUUUUUGUCGUCUCGGGCCUCUUUGGCGUCUCCUCCCUGUCGCUGUACGCUCUCUGCCCCGAGACGAUGCGAGCAACGGCGACGACGCCCGGCGCGGCGCAGCGCACGGCGUGGCAGCAGAUGGAGAGGGUCGUGCAGCAGCCGGAGAUGCAGGGGCUGCUCGCCACCGCCUUCACGGGCGGAAUCCGAGACGCCUCCAUGGCGGUAGGCUCGAUGCUCUUUAUGCGCGCUGAUAACGUAGCCGUUGUGGGCCACGGACCAUCCCUGUGA